AUGGCGCCGUCAAAAAGAGGAUUCGCUGAACCUCCGGAAGAGCUCCCAGAAGAGCUUGCGGACGAACAUGCAGAAGAGGAGCUUUUCGCAGAAGAGGCUCCCGCCGAAGAGUUGCUAUUCGAGAAGCCCCAUGACCUAGAGCAGGCGUCCGCAGAUGCCGUUUCUACAGAAGUCAGCCGUCCUAGGCACAAGAGGAGGCCGAGGUAUAGGAAAGAUUACCGUGACGAGCUCGUGCAAUCCAGGAGCGUCCCCGUUGCCGCUCUUGGAGAACACAUCGACGCCAUCAUGCUGAAGAACCCCAACGAGAUGAAGAGGCCCAAGAGGUCCGUGCGAAGAGUUCAACAAGAGGCGACAGAAGCCACAGUCGAGCUUGACUCCGAAAGGGACGGCAUGGUUGACCAGGCGGACGAGAAUGGCCAAGAAGCAAUGGAAGAGGCGCUGACGAAUAUCGACAACCUACGGCCCGUCGACAAGACAAUCUUGCCAAUGCAAGACUUCGACACCCUGGCAAACACGCUGCUGGAAGGCUUCAACCAUAAUCAGCUUACCAGAUACUUCAUCCAGAAGCGUCUGGAAAUGUCCCAACAAGGUUUGGGGAAGCCGGUCACUUAUCCCUGGAUCGUCAAACAGGGCCCAUGGGUGGCUGCAAAGCCGGACCAUUGGGGGCCUCUCCGGCCGAAGCAGCGGCAAGUGAUCAUGAUCAUGCAACUUCUGUGGAAUUUGGAAGUUCAAGAGCAGGUGGAGGGUCUGGGCAGGACUCUUCUCUGGCUAGAGCCACGCGUCUUUGAACUCAUCGCCCCUCCCAAUAGCGUGGUACUCGAGCAGCUGUCCCAAGACUUCUUAUACCAGUCUAACAGGGAGAAAAUUACCACAAAUUUUGAUGAUUGCCGAAUCAACAUCUACGCCCGAAAGUCGACCAUCCCUGUCAUCCUAACUCACCUUGACGAAGUGGUCAAGUCGAUUCGGUCUCAAAAGAUCCCUUCAGAUCACUUCCAAGAGCACAACCUGGACGAUAGUUUACUUCAAGAACUUGAACGCAUCACCAAGACACAUAUCGAGUACAAUGAAAAAGAUAAGGAACUCGAAAUCUCCUGGUUAGAGAAGCAAGACCUCUCUUCCUCGGGUGAGGACGCCAAAAAUACUGAAACCCCUGCCGAUGUUGCGUUGCGACUUCUCUUAGAGCAGCCAACCGAGGAGCAGCAAAGCAGCGUCCAUAUCAUCGCACCAUCAGAAAGCAAGAAACCUCAGGACGGAACUUUUAUCAGCCAUCAAAGAGAAAACAGAAGCAUGUCCUGGAAGAACAAGCUCCAGCAGUGGUCCAGAUACGUCGUCCCGGUUGGCCAGUCUGCAGCUACAGGAGACGAUAUUUCAGCGCAAUUCGCCAAAGAUGUUUCCUUUCCAGUCUCUACUCCCAAAAAGCUGAAGGGAAUCGAGCAGGGCUGCCAGGUUACUGCGUCUUUUGGACAUGUGCUUCACGGCAAAAGCUCGCGAUCGGCGGCUGCAAUGGCAAAGCACCACCGACUUCUUUCACCUGUCCUUCCCCAUCCAGCAUCUUUUACGCCCCUGUCGGAAGAGGACAAACCUAUCGUACAGUGCACAACCAUUAUUCUCAACUUCUCUCCAGAUCCCACACAAACUCCCACCACAUUUGACUCAGUACCCUCCUCAAUGCAGCUUCGACUGCCAGUGGGUCCCGGCACCGACAUUGCCGACCUCUCCCUCCCCCCUGGUUCAACCCUUGUUGGCGUUGCAGCGAAACAUAUCCGCGAUGUUUUACUGCCUGGUGAAAGUGUGGAUGUUCGUCUGACGCAACACCAUCUUCUGCCUCUCGAUCCAAACCAGGAGUUUGUCAAGGACUUUAUGUCCAAAUGCGAGUUCGAUCUGACCCAGGGUCUUGUGAGAACGCCCAGCAAAGCCAGGUUUUCCAUCCCCAAGGCGUGGGCCACCAGUCCAAAGGCAAGCGGCAAGCCUUCUAAAGCCAAGAUCGAGGCACCAUACUUAUUUAUGGGAUCCGAGAUCCACCAGGCCGUUGAGCUCGAGUUUCACGGCCACACUCUGUGCUACAGCAGCAUCGACGCAGGCCGACACGGUGGCCAUAGACAAGAGCUGUCUCUCCAAGCUGGGCCCCCACGAAGCAAAGAUGCAACACCCUUGACUCUCGACAAGGCCGAGGCGUCACGAUUCUUGUCUCUAGUCGGCGGGCUAGCUGCGGGCGAUUACUUCUCCUGGCACAAUGGCUCUCAGCUCAUGAGAAAGCUGCCCAAUGUGGAUGCACUCGAGGACGAGGCUGUAGAGGAUCAAUUGCCGCCAUUAAACGUUGAAGAUCACGAGGCCGAAGUUCAUGAGACCGAAGUUCAUGAGGCCGAAGUUCAUGAGGCCGAAAAAGAUGGUCCUUCAACAGAGCCAGCCGCCGAGGUCGUUCCCGAUGUACCAUCCGACGACUCUCGUUCUCUCAAUACCGACGAAUCGAAGAAGUCGUAG